AUGGACAAACAAGAAGAAGUAUCACAAAAUGAUACUGAGAGUCAGAUUACUAUUUUAUCAACACCUAGUCAAAAAUGUGAUGCACUACCUUCUGAAGCUAAAGCAUUAUCACAAACAAGGAUUGUGGGUGAAGUAGCCCUGACACCAACAAAUAGAUCCUAUACUCCACAAAUUUUCAAUCCCCAUUCUUCAAUGACAGCUGUUACACCAAUGGCAAGUGCAGCUAGCCAAGUUAAAAGUAGUAUAAAGUUACAAAAUUGUGUUGCAACUGUCAGCUUAGGAUGUGAAUUAAACUUAUUGGAUAUAUAUUGUCGCACACGAUAUUCUGAGUACAAUCCAGCAAGAUUUCAUGGAGUUGUUAUGAAAAUUUUGGAACCUAGAGCUACAGCUUUAGUUUUUCGAUCAGGAAAAAUUGUUUGCACAGGAGCAAGAAAUGAACAUGAUGCUUAUAUAUCAACAAGAAAAUUUGCUAGAAUCAUUCAGAAAUUAGGAUUCCCGGCAAAGUUUAUAAAUUAUAAAGUCCAAAAUUUUAUUGCCACAGCAGAUUUGAGAUUUCCUAUUAGAUUAGAGGCACUACAACAAGCUCAUGGACAAUUUGCAUCAUAUGAACCAGAAUUGUUCCCUGGUCUUGUGUAUAGAAUGGUGAGACCUCGAGUUGUUCUUCUUAUAUUUGUGAAUGGAAAAAUGGUGAUUACAGGAGGGAAGUCGAGAGGUGAAAUCAAUGAAUCCUUGGAUAUCAUUUAUCCUAUCCUAAGAAGCUACAGAAAAAAUUAA